UGUUGUUUAGGCUCUGCAGUGACCUCCUGAGAAGGUCCCCUAUGAACUCCCAGCAGAGGUAUUGAAGAACGUUGGGAGUCCCUGCCUCACUACAGAUGAGCUUUGACAGCAAGACAAAGGGAUGUCGCAGGUGUUUCUCCUAACCAUGCUAGCAUUCUCAGCCAGUCAGGGAUUUUCAGCUAAAGCCAUCAAGGUUCUGCUAGGUAACUGGGAACGCUACAAGGAAGAGUGCAUCACAAACAUCAGCAGGGAGCCUGCCUCCGCAGUACCAGUGUGCAACCGUACCUUUGAUAAAUAUGCAUGUUGGCCUGAUGGGUCUCCAAACACAACAGUCAAUGUCUCCUGUCCGUGGUAUCUGCCAUGGUACGACAAAGUCCGAACAGGAUUUGUGUCUCAGAGGUGUGGCCCGGAUGGGGAGUGGGUCAUGAAAGACAAUGGGGAACCCUGGAGGGACACGACACAGUGUGAUCCUGACGACGAGGAGCAGGAGGGGCUUGGGAAGACACUGAAAAGUUUCAAGAUCAUGUAUACAGUGGGCUACUCUGUGUCGCUGUGUGCUCUGGCUUUAGCACUGGGAAUUCUCAUAGUUUUCAGGAAGUUGCACUGCAUGAGGAACUACAUCCACAUGAACCUGUUUGUUUCGUUCAUCCUGCGCGCCAUGUCAAUCCUCAUCAAGGACAUGCUACUCCGAUCAUGGGAGUAUAGCAACAAACUCCAUGAUGACUUCAAGAUCCAGCUCUGGUUCAAUGAUGAGUCUGCGAUUGGAUGCAGAGCUGCUCUGGUUCUGAUGCAGUACAGCGUUGUGGCCAAUUACACCUGGCUGCUGGUCGAAGGCAUCUACCUACAUAACCUGCUGGUCAUCACUGUCUUCACAGAAAAAAGCUACUUCAAUAUUUAUGUAUGUAUAGGCUGGGGAGCACCCCUUUUGUUUGUUGUGCCCUGGAUCGUUGUUAAAUACAUGUUUGAAAACACGCAGUGCUGGGAACGAAACUUGAACAUGGGGUUCUGGUGGAUCAUUCGGUCCCCAAUAAUAUUCUCUAUCUUGAUCAAUUUCUUCAUUUUUAUCCGAAUAAUACAAAUUCUUGUGUCAAAGCUAAGGGCCCACCAAAUGCGAUACACGGAUUACAAAUUCCGACUGGCUAAAUCAACACUGGUUCUGAUCCCAUUGCUGGGGAUCCACGAGGUGGUGUUCGCCUUUGUGACGGACGAGCACGCCAAGGGCACACUGCGUCAUGUCAAGCUCUUCUUCGAGCUGUUCUUCAACUCCUUCCAGGGCUCGCUGGUUGCUAUCUUGUACUGUUUUGUUAAUAAAGAGGUGCAGUCGGAGCUUCUGAAGAAGUGGAAGCGUUGGAAACUGGGCCAGAUUAUUGAAGAGGAGUACCGGCACACCUAUAGCCAAACGCCGCACGUUAAGAAUGGCAACAGUGUACCCGCUCCACCUGCGAAUGAGAAACACAAACUGGUGAGCAGCUACCAGAAUGGCACGGGCAAGACCAAGAACAGCCUGCAGCCGCCCACACAGGAGAGCCAGGGGAGCUGCAGCAGCAUGGUCACCGAGCAGAUCAGCCUGACCGAGAAAAUGCACUCCUCCGAGUUCCCUCAGGAGAACAGCGAGAGCAACUUCUGACCUGCCGCCGAGGUGGGAAGGAAAACCCAGAAGAGGAAAUAAAAUAACAAUUCAAAGGACUGAGGAAGUGACUGGGGCCUGUAUGCUGUAAGCAAGCCUUGGUUUCCAGGCUGGGAAAAUGAAGCUAUUCUUGCCUUUCGAAGACGGCUUUUCAGCACUAAGUGUAACAACGUGUUGUUGAGCUGCUUGCAACAUUCAAGGAUUCAACAUGAAGCCUUUUUCAAAGCCAAAUUGAGGCAAUCAAAGGCCUGUUUCAUGGUUUGUAGAGAAGUCUUUGUUUAAUUCACUUUACAGGUGCAGGAUCGUGUUACAAAAUCCUACUUUUUCUUUAAUUGUGAAAACCAUGGCUUUGCAGUGUUGCCCAACAACUGAACCAAUGUAAAUUAAUAAUACUGCUUUUAGCAGCAGCUAUCAGAAGGUGAUUUUGCCAACAGAAGUUUCACGAGUUACAAGAGGACCCCGCUUUUUUUGUUUGUUUAUGGUAAUUUGCUUAGGCUGUCGGCUCGUAUGGCCAUCAGAACUCUGUUCCUAGUUUAUCCUAUGAGGUACAGGUAGGUGCAGCAAAACUUAGUAAGAGUCUUAUGAAAUGUUAUCAGAUUUAGGGCUACUGUACAUUAAGGACUACACAUGUUUAAUAGUGUUUGUUACUUUCCACCGUUUCCAGUUUUUGGACAGUAUGCUUCCUUAAUUGCAUACUAUUGUGCUGUUGCCUUCACAACAUUGCUUUCUACAGUAUUAUUUUUUACAUGUGAAAAAAGGAAGAAGGACGAGCGAACACAGAGCAGACAAGCACAAUAGUAAUCCACAUAUCAACCAAUAUGAAGACCGCCUUCAAUGAAGUCUGUAGCUUUCUGUAAUAGCACCUGGAAAUUCGUCUAAGCCAAUGUCAUUCAGUUGAAUGACUUCUCCUCUCUCAGCCAGAAAGAAGGUAACUGCAUGUGCUGAAUUAUCGUCACACCAAGCCAAAAGGCAGCUCUUACUGUUGAACUCUAUUGAAUGCUGAGCAUGGUUUUUGUGGUGAGUAUUAUUCUGGAUACUCUAUGAGAUUCAUUGUAUGCUUACUGCUAGGGAAUGUGAGGCUCUUAGAGCUGGCAAACAAUGAUCAGUGAUCACUGCUUAUUUUUUAAAGAGGUCAUGACAGCCUUACAUGUCUUAUUUUCAUUUUGGUAACCUUAAGAAAACGAACGAAGACAACGGGGACACAGAUAAUGCAUCGCAUGUUUGUUUUUAAUUUAAUUUAGCAAAUAAGGUUGUGAGCCAAAGUUUGUUGGUUUUGUUUUGCUUAUAUUUUUAAUACAGAUUUAUUUUAUUUUAGUAUUAUUUAAAUUUAUACUAGGGACUGCUCUUUUCAAAGCAUAUCAUGAUCACGUUUUAAAAUCUGUGCCUUUUUUUUUUUACAGAAAAAAAUGUACCCUGAAAUAGAUUUUUUAGAUC